ACUAGGUGAUGUUAACGUUAUGAUUGUGUACAAAAUUCGUUAACAAUAAAGUUAAGUUUGUUCACACGCAAUUCGAAAGGUUAUUAAUUAAUUUAAAGUAAAGUUCAUAUAAAAGGAAGAUAUAUGUUUAGUUUAUAUUUUCAUCAAAUUUUCGACCGCUGACAUUGAAUUGUUUAUCUUAUUAAUUAAUUAUUGUGGAUUUCGUUAAAACGAUCGGUAAACACUGAAUACAAUUAACUGAUAUUUCAAAUUACAAUAAAUAAUAUUGACAAUUCUUCGAAAUAAAUUGAUUGUCUGACAAUAAGAUUAACAAAACUAAAUUUGGUUUCAUGAUUUUCAAUAUAAAGUGAACGUUUGUUUUUGAUACAUUUUAUUAAAAUAAUUUAGCAAAUUGUUCAUACACGUUGCGUAUCAUAAUAUAAUAUAAAUAUUUAGUGAUCUAUAUAUUAUAAAUCAUGUUAAAAACAAGAAAAAUAGGUUAUUCCAUAAGGAAGAAAAUUAGAAGUAAUCAGACCAAGGUUAAGAAGAAGAAGAAGAAAUGUAGCAAAUCACGAAAAAAAAUGAAAACAAAUGGGAGAGUGGAAGAAUAUAAGCCAUCAGAUUUGCUUACUAUGAAUGGUUCUUCGCCUGGACAAUCUCACAGUUCCUCAACUACUCAACUAAGUAAUCCUCCUGAUCAGAAAAAAGUAGAAAAAUAUUCUGAUACGAAAGCGAUAGUUCCCUUUAAUAAUAAGAAAAUUAUUCUUUUACAUAAAAACAAAUAUACGUGGGAACAAUCUCAAGACGAUCUUUUCCAUUUCCUUCAUACACAACGAAUUAGGUUAACUCUUCCGAAUCGAUCAUGGUCAAUACAUUUUACGGAUAAACCAAUACGUUCCAUUGUUAUUAGCGAAAUUACUUUAUAUUGCAAUAGCAUGUCUGGAUAUAUACCUCAUUACUUAAAACAAGUUGUUUUGCAUGAAAGAAUGGCAUAUGAAAUUUUUUUAUUCAACUCGAAAAUUAUAGAUGAUUUAUCUCCGAUAGAAUCAGUACCAGAUCUAAUGAAGGUUAUAUCAAAAAUAAAUAAUGUAAAACUUUGCUACGGUGGACCUGAAGUAAGUUCCUCUAAAAAUAUUAAUUUAGAAUGCGCUUAUAAAGAUAACAACAAAUGGAGACAUAAUUUAUGCACUAUGAGAGUAAGCAAGGGUGAUACAUGCGCGUCAUGUCUUACAUUAGAAGAUAAAUUAAAAAAAUGUAUAGAACGUACCAAACGAUUGAAAACUAAGACCUCCAGUAAAUCGCGUAAAAGAAAAAGAAAAUCUUGAUAUAAUAAAUAACCUUUAAGCGAUAAAGUAACGUUUGUGUUUCUUUUCAUUGAUCUCGUUAUUUAUUUCUAAACAAUGAAGCAUUUUAUCGAUGCGUCAGAAAUCAUAUUACUUCCUGCAAACUUUUUGCGGAAUAUGUGUGAAAAUUCAAUGCAUGAAAUUAAUCCAUUUUUCGUAUUUGAGUAUUUCUAUUUUUGUAUAAUAUAGUUUCUAGUAUGCAAUAUUCAAAUAGUUUUGUGUUACAAAUUGUGUGAUAUGAUUUUUAUACAUAUACAUAUAUAUUUUAUUAAUUUAUAUAGAAAUUAAUUAAAAAAUAAGAUAUUCAUUUAAAUAUAUACUUAUGACAUUAAUUGUAUGUAUGUUUAUAAGUUCGUUGGUUUUACAAUUAAUGUUCUUUAUAAGUAUAUAUUAAACAUACAUUACAUUAUAAAUAAAAAGAAUAAAUUUUAGAAUAGAAUUUUUAUAAUAUAAUAGCUUUUUCGUAAAAUAUGUAUCCGACAAUCCAAGAUUCUGAAAAGAACGACACACAUUUAGGAAGCAGAAGGAUCGUUUAUUUAAAACGUACACUUAACGAUUCUUUAUUAGAGACUGUUAUAAUUUAUUUCAUAUAAACAUUUGAUACAAUUUGAUGUUUUUACUUUAAGUGUUUAUUUUUUAAUCGGAAUUAAUACAGUAAUUAGAUUCUAUAGAAUACAAUAUAUUAUAGUUAAAUGAAUGGAGUAAUGAAAAGUGAUCAAGAUUCGAUUUGGCAUGAUAUACAAUGAUGACGUUAUCAGUGUACUUUGAUAGAAUUUAAAAUGAACCUUUUUUUUUCUCGUGAGCAAAUAUUUUCAUUGUAAAAGAAUAAAGCGAUAAGAGUAAUAUGUUAUCUAAAAAGGGUGCACACACACACCAAAGGGAUACCGCCGCCGAUCGUUCGUUCAAUUUCGAAUAAAUUGAAGAAUUUCAUCGAAUUCGAAAACUCGGAAAGGCCAGGCAUUUUGUUUAUUCGCUAAUUACAUAUUUCAUAUAUUUUUGUAACAGUUUGGAAAAAUCAAAAGAAACACGUUUCUUCUUUUUUUAUAUUUAUUAUAAACACGAUUGAUUCUUGAUAUUAAUCCUUUCGUUAGCAGCAACCUAUAUAAAGAUCGGUAUAAAUUCGAUAGCGAAAAGUAUGUCGUAACGAAAGGGUUUCAAUUUGAUCAAUUUAGAAUAGAUUUUUGUAUACUCGAGACAAGAGAAGUAUUUGGAAAAAUAGUUCAUUUUAUAAAAGAUAUGUUCGCGUAUAGCCACAUCCGCAAACGUUGAGAUAUACGGCUUGCAUAUUAUCAAAUGAUAUCUAAUAAAAAUUAUUAUUAAUGAUAAUAUUGCGAAAAUUAGAAUAAAAUUUUUGUCAACUUUUUUAUAUUGUUAUUAUUAUUAUUAUUUCCAGUCAAAAACAUAUUUAAAAUCUACUUUACAAUCGAUGACAAAGGAAGUUUUUAUUUUUAUCGACAGUUUCGAUUUUAGAGUUCGAUGUUUGAUAAAGAAUCGCAAGAAAAAAUACAUAUCGUUGUGGAAAAUUCACAUGUAUAUAUAUAUUGUAUAUGUGUAUGUAUAUCAUUAUUUUAAUGACAAUGAGUUUCAUUGGUAUACAUAGGUGUGUAUGUAUCCGUUAAGCGGAUAGGCUUUUUUAUACUAAGAAUAAGCUUUGUAUGUAUAAAAUUGUUGACAUUAUUUAAAGGACCAACUUGAGAUUUUCUCCUAAGAACGACUGAAAAAUAGUAGUAUGAUCCGUUUGAUAUGAGCAGAGCUAACUGUAUCUUAUAUUCUAUCAUAUCUUACCCUAAUCGUGUUCGUAAAUAUGUAUAUACCUUAAUAAUAAAUAUA